AUGGACCAACAAAUCUCAAAUACAAUUAGAAAUGCUUAAAAAGAAAAAGAUAUUCAAAUACUGACAGGAAUUAUAAAAGUAAUUACUUAAAAUAUUUAAUAUAUUAAAUUAAAUAAUUUGAUUUAAUAUUAAACUUUUUGUCUAAGAAGGUAUGAAGUAAAAGAAUUAAAUUUCGGUAUUUUGUUGAAGAAAGACAAGGACUUAUGAUCUCUUUCAUUCGAUUUAUUAGAAUCAUUCUUAUCAAUAUAAAAUCUAGAGUUGAAACCUAUUGUAGUUGAAGUCUUUGAAAAAUUUUGUAACAUAUAUCAUAUUUAUAUUCUAACUGAGGAUAAAUACGAAGAAACCAGAAUCCCUAGAUUAAGAAUUAUUUAGAAUAUCAUUAAAUCAAACGCUCUUGAAUUAGCACCCUAUUAAGAGAUUUUGCUAAAACCCUUUGAGUCUAUUCUUAAAACAUUGCAAUAAUAAUUACAAAAAUAAGAUUAAGUAAGAUAUAAUUAAAUAUUAUUAGAAUCUUGAUAAGGAAAAAGAGAAAUUUAGAUUAAUAAUCUGCAUUCUAUAAGGAUUAAGAUUAAAUUCAAAAGAAGUUGAUUCAUUUUGUGGAAAGAAUUUAAUAGAAUAAAUCUUAAAGUCUGUAGGUUAAUGA